ACGUCGUCAUGAAUAUUUAUAAGAUCGUACCGACACGGUAGCAAGAUUUGAUGUCAAGCAUGAAACAACAGUUUACGUCUGUAAACGUGAUAGACAAUCGUUUAUUAUAAUCGGAUGCUGACUGAUCUUCUAAAAACAUAUUUGUACGUAUGCUUCGAUGUUUACCUCGUUGAAACCACACCUCUGAGCUCACCUGGUCUGCGCUAUUGAGCCGUUUGCCUCGACAGAUUAUUUCCCCCACCAGGAUUGACUGGAUGUAAUGGCGUUCAGUUGGUUUACAGAAUCCCACCGUAGCUGCGUUUUGAAGAACGGAAUUGUUCCCGAAUGGUUCCACGGGAUCAUCUCCAGGAAGGCCGCGGAGGAAAUGUUAAUGUGCAAACCACCCGGUUACUUCCUGAUUCGUGUUAGCGAGAGCAGGGUGGGAUACACAUUAUCAUAUCGUGGUGAGGACCGCUGCAGACACUUCAUGAUUGACUUGUUAUCGGAUAACCAGUAUGAGAUAGUGGGCGAGAAACAUCGUUAUAGUUCCCUCCACGAUCUGGUGGCCUUCCACCGCAGGACCCCCAUUGCCCCCUACUGCCAACUGCUAACCGUGGCUUGCGAACAGGCUGAUAAAAAUAGUUAUGCGGAGUUGCUGUUUCCUCAAAGGAAAAACAUCAACGUUGAGCCGAAUGCAUGGAUGAAUUCUUCAACAGAACACAAUCCAAGCUUGCCCAUCCGAAACGAAUCAUCUACACAAGCAACAAGUCCCACCACAGGACUUUAUCCCAGUUUGGAGACAGAACUGGCCAGUGUAAAUCUACAGAGCAUGGAACUGCCAACAAAGCCUGUUCCAAAGCCUAGAACGAUACAUAAUAUCUCCACAUCUCCAGACACACCACCACAGUUACCACCCAGAGAUUGCUUGCCAAGUCAUCCACCCGCUACCGUUGAGGUAGACAGAUCACAAGGGCCGACAAAGGGAUGUCUUGAAAAACAUCAGAACGCGCCCAUCACACCCUCUGAAGAUAAAGGAACCAACCGUAACCAACAAAAACAGUCGAAAAAUGCCAUCAUGGGCCUGGCACAAAUCAAGAGAAAGCUGAAGAAGAAGCACAGCCAGUGCGAUGAACACACGUAUGAGGAGAUUUUCAAAGAUGCGUGCGACAGGUCUUCCACAUUUUCUGCUUCCAACUCUCGGCACCCGUCGGAAAACGACUACCUCAGGCUGAUUGAAAACUGCCCUGUUGCGUCCCUCGGAACAUCUGAUGGUAUUCCCAACAUUGCUGAUAGGAAAUUACCCAUUGAGUACUUAAAUCCACCCCCGUUUGCACCCGGUUUCUAGGUGUAAACAUACGGGUGGUUUCAUUCAAGCAUGUAUUCGAUCCUAUUUUGUUUGAUCGCACGGUUGUCACAACAUCUCAUUGUUUUUUUUCAUUGUUAUAAUGUUCUGUGCGUGUCGCUAUGCUGUCAUUUCAAUUUGUGUCACAACAUUUUGCAGACAAUGCACUGAAGUUUGUGAUCUGGACAAACCUGUUCAAUGUGGUAAAAUGAUGGUGUGUGUUGAUGUUGUUUAGUGCCUGUGGGCAUAAAUUUGAAUAUACUUCCGGAUUUUAAUAAUUGCUUCCUACAAUGUGACAUUUUGGAACUGUUCAGUUUGUAAAUAUUUGCUGCUUUAAACCUGUGUUGACAGACAACCUAUACAAAGAGAAAAUGGUGGGCAGUUUAAAAAUGUGUAAUAAAACAAUAAAAAUUGCC